AAACAGAGUUUGAGUGCUCGGUAGGAGGAGGAAGCUGUGAAGUGGGUGUCGCUCCUUGUUCAUCAACCUCGAGUUGAUCUAAAUUACUCAGUCGUAGUGAUGGAAGACACCACCUUUCCCGCCGGGAUCACCGACAUGGAGGUUGGCGGAGUCGUCUUCGGCGCGUCCGCGACGCCUCCACACUCAUCAAAGAUCCUCUUCCUCGGUGGUGCCGCCCUCCCGUUUCCACCCACGCCGUCGAUCACCCGCUGGUCACCACCGGCGACAUGGAUCCCCUCCGCCUACUCCUCCCCCGCGCCCAGGCCCAGCCCUUGCUUCCGCUCCCCGAUGGCGUCCCAGCGCCGAGCGUUAGGCCCCGCCUCGUCCCGCGGCGACGGGCGCGCCGCCACCGCAACGGGGCCGCGCGGAUGCUGCCGGCGUCGGCCGUGGCGUCCGAGUCGCCGUGGACGGAGCAGGAGCCGGCAUCCGGGGAGAAGGAGGAGCGGUUCAACUGGCUGGACCAGUGGUACCCCUUCGCCCCCGUGGAGGACCUGGACCCCGGCGCGCCGCGCGGCAAGAUGGUGCUGGGGAUCCGUGUGGUGGCCUGGUACGACCGCGGCGCCGGCGAGUGGCGCGUGUUCGACGACGCGUGCCCGCACCGCCUGGCGCCGCUCUCGGAGGGCCGCAUCGACGACAAGGGCCGGCUCCAGUGCGUGUACCACGAGUGGUGCUUCGACGGCCGCGGCGCCUGCAAGUUCAUCCCCCAGGCCCCCGCGCUCGGCCCGCCAGUGCACACCAACAGGAAGGCAUGCGUUGCGUCCUACCCGUGCGUGGUGCAGAACAGAUCCUGUGGUUCUACCCGCGCGCCGGGCCGGAGCACAGGGACGUGCUUCAGAGGAAGCCGCCGCCGUUCAUCCCGGAGAUCGACGACCCCGCCUUCGUCACCUCCUUCCUAGUCAGGGACAUGCCCUACGGGUAAGUCUACCGCGCGCAGCUCCAUCGUGUUCCUUUACCGAGAGGUUGUCUUUCCUUCUCCUUACCGAGAGAGGGGGUAGGCCAUGGUCAACAACUACUUCUUCUCAUGUUUUUUCAUUACACUCUUUAAAGUUCUCUAUCGAUGCCGUUCUAGGAAGUUGACCGGCACCGAGAGAGGGGGUAGGCCACGGUCAACAACUGCUUCUUCUCAUAUUUUUUACUUUACACUCUUUAAAGUUCUCUCUCGGUGUCGGUCUAGGAAGUUGACCGGCACCGAAAGAGGGGGUAGGCCACGGUGAACAACUGCUUCUUCUCAUGGUUUUUACUUUACACUCUUUAAAGUUGAGUUUUGAACAAAUCUAACCCAAAAAGCAUAUAUAUAUAUAUAUAUAUAUAUAUAUAUAGGACUCCUCUUUUAUACUUCCAGGAGUACAUACUCCCAUCCCUUAACGAAGCCUUUCACUCGGAUAUCCUCAACAAAAAACGACUAAUCCACAGAAAAAGCCGAAACAUGUAACAACUUUCCUUUGAGUGUGGCGCCUAGUUGCUUGAUCCUAGAAUUAAGGGAUCUUUUAUGCCAGGGUGUCGUUCCUAUAACCUUCAUGGGAAGUAAUACACGCACGUCAGGUAUGUUGUAUUUUUAUACGUGAGGUAUAUUUUAACUUUGUGAGCUUUCAUGUAUUAAUUUGUGCAGUUCAUAUAUACUACUUUUAUACGAUAGUAUAUACCAUAUUUUUGUGAUAGCGAUUUUUUGUGGACCAGUAUAUACCUUUUUUUAUAAAGUUGUCACAUUUUUCAGUGAAGUAUAUACUGCAAUUUGUUUUUAUGAUGGAGUAUAUAUAUACCUUUUUUUAUGUCGGACUAUAUACCAUGUUUUUUGGAUGGACCAUGUGCAACAUCUUUGUCAAUAAAUUCUGGACCACUUUUUUUUUGCG